AUGUCACAUUCCGCCACAGUGACCCUACAUGAGGUCAAACAUGAACAGAUACAGCCACGGCAGCCCUCAUUCAGGUCGUUAGCCAUACCGGAAAGUGAAGAUGACCCGAAAAUUCGGGAGAAAUAUCGUCCCUAUCUUCUGAAUCCCCAGCAAGCGGCUGAGGAUUGGGCAAAUCGCUUGGAACUCGACACCGUGCUGGACAUGGCGGAGAAGGACCUCAGGAGGACUCAGAAACGUAUCAAGGUGUUGGUUUUGUACGUAAUCCCGGCAGCAUCCGAGGCUAACACUAUCGGCAGAUCGUACUCGAAGCUCGUAGCCCUCGAAGCCAGUCGAAUUCUCUUCCGACUCGGCUGUGACGUCCGAGUCUUUAAUCCAGAGGGCCUACCAGUCAAGGACGACGUCCAGCAGACGCACCCCAAAGUCCAAGAGCUGCGCGAAUUGAGCACAUGGAGCGACGGUCAUCUCUGGGUGACCCCCGAGCAACACGGCAACCUGACUGCCGUCUUCAAGAACCAGAUCGACUGGAUUCCCCUGUCGACCGGCAGCGUUCGACCCACUCAAGGCCGCACGCUGGCCAUCGCCCAAGUAUGCGGAGGAUCCCAGUCGUUCAACGCCGUCAACUCGCUUCGGAUUCUGGGCCGAUGGAUGCGCAUGUUUGUGAUCCCGAAUCAGAGCUCAAUACCGAAGGCAUACACGCAUUUCCCGGAUGCUGGUCGACCGGGAGACUAUCAUCUCAUGCCAAGUGGGAACAGAGACCGCUUGGUCGAUUGCAUGGAGGAAUUUGUUAAGUACACUAUCUUGAUGCGGCCUCACUUUGAUCUCUUUGCGGAUCGAUAUAGUGAACGCGAGGAGAGGCGAUUGAAACAAGCGGCGCAGGCUGCCUAA